AUGCUGGGCAUCAAUGUUCACGUCAAGGAGGAGGCAUAUAAAACCAACCCGAGGUGGUCCAGUUACUCAGAAGCUCAGGGUGACCAUGGUGCCUGUCAUCCUGCCCGCAGUUUCCUCAUGGGCCACAUUUCCCAGCUUACAGCAUCUUCUACCUGCGGGUUGACCAGAGCCCAGAAGUGCUGCAUGCUCAGCUGCCUGGAGGUAGGUUGGUUGUGUUUCCUCACUAGAAAGCAAAAACACCUCAUCCAUGACUCCGGAUUUCUGUACAAUCCGUGCACCCAACCCAAUAGCCACGCCAUUGAGAAUGUAAUUGCAAGAAAUGGUGGCAACCUGAAAGGGGGUGUUGAACCAGGGACGAAGACAAAGGCCUAUGAAGAGGAGAAGAUGUCCAGACAGGGGUGGCGUAAAGCCUGGAAGACGGCUGCCCUCUCAGCAGCUCCCAGUUCCCAGUCACCUGCCCAGAACACUCAGCUGAACCCCAGUGCCCAGCAGUCUGGAGAUACCGCAGAGACCCUAAUCACACUGGCAGGCGGUGACACGUGGAACAGGGUGCUCUCAAGAGCAGCGAUUGUCUGCCUUCUGGAAUCUUCAGGUGCUGAUCACGCGGGCAUCCAAUUGGCCCUAGAGUUACUUCAAUUCAGCCACCUUAUACUAAGCUAUGAGACUUUUCAACCUGCUGCAAUGUUAGUGGAGGUUCCUCCAAUUAGGACACACAGAGAAAGUACUCAAAUUCUUACAGGUCAACUUGUGAAGUUUAGAAGUUUAAGAGACUCAGCAGGGAGUCAGGGAAGAGAAGAGCUUUGUUCCUCCUUCCGCUCCGGCUCCUUCCUUGAGGUGCUGACCCUACAUAAAUACUUUGAAAAAGAAUAUUAUGCAGCCUCCUUUCCUGACAUCACACCGGGCCACACCCACGAAGUAAGAAACCUUAUUUUUGACUCCAGAUAUUCAGAUAUCAAGCCUUCAACUGGUGACCAAGUUGUUUUAAAAGUUUGGGAUCCCAGCUUUGGAAUGGAGAGCUCUUACAACCCCUACACCCAGAAUGAGAAUUACCUAGUGACAUAAAUAAACCCAAGGAUAAACUUUGCCAAACUCCAUACCCUUGAGGAUGCCCUACUUGGAAGUGGACAAAAUGACCCCUUCAAAUACUACUCUGCUCUGUACAGGGUGGUUGUUUGGAGCAGCUGUUUUUACAGUGGCCACACCAGUGAGAUAAUGCAAUCUAAACUAAAGAUAUCCUGUUAUUGUUUCAUGGAUGCUGCAUUUCCCACAGUUUGCACUUCUGUGACCCCAGCUUGUGAGUGUGACUCAGAUGGCACUGUGUCUGACGGCAUCGGCGUGAGCCACUCACUCAUCCUGCUCGGGCAUUGUGGCGGGCCAGUGCUGGAAUGUGAUGGCAAAAUGAAGCGUCAUAAUAGUGAAUUUUGUAGUCGGAAGAACUUUCAGUCAGGCUUUGUAAACUCCUGGCGUCGUCCUGGUUCCCUGACUACUGUGAUGUCGUAUGAGAGCAAUUGGAUACUGAGUCCUGGGAGUCAUCUCUGUGGGGGUUCUCCCUGUGAUGAUGUUGGAGGUGCUGAUGCUAACACCCACGCUACACCCAACCUGUCCCUGGCUGCUGCUUCAUCCUUUCAGAGGCAGCGGGAGCCACACCACACCGAGGACUGUGCCUUUGUUCCUAUUUCCCCACAGACUUCGUUUAAUGGCACACAAAAAUUAGUAACAACUUUGCCAGCAUGUGAUGUAUACUCCCAGCAGCAAGAAAAUUAUUUUGGAAUUGAUAAAGGAAAUAGAAUACUGAAGGAAACUCGAGGCAAAGCAUAUGGGCUGACGAGCAGCAUGAGAACUGCACAGCUAUGUUUGAGAAAAACCAAGAUUGUCAAUAUGGAAUUUGCUCAGUUCAUCAAAGUGGCUUCCAAUGACACUGCUUUUAAGUGUCUCCAGUUCACACUGUUUUCCAAGAACCCCGGGAACAUAGUUACAUGGAGUGGACCUGGAUUUGCCAAAGUUCUCCCUGGGGCUGGCUUGAGAUUUUCUGUUGACAACAUUCUUUUCCCCAUGGACUUCACCAUUGCUGUUCGCUGUGGAACUCAGUACAAGGUUGUGCUGCUUCCCAUGCCCAUCUGUGUGGAGCUGGGCAUGCAGCAUUCCGUCGAUGUCUGUUUGCCUCAGUCUUUGGAAGAGGAGUUCUCGCUCACUCACUCUCAUGUCCUGGUGGAUUCUCUCAGCCUUAUUCCCCAAAGCAAUUCAUUAGAGGAUUUCUGCAGCAAGCCGGCCAUGGCAGAGGAUCUGCUGCACAACUGUCCUGCAAAUGUCACCCCAGGACACGGUCAGGUCCAGCUGCAGGUGCUGGGAGGCCAGUGCCAAUGCAAACCUCCUGUGACUGGGAAUCGCUCCGACAGGUGCUCUGCUGGAAGCUGUACUUUGGGACAUCACGGCUGUCACUGGAUGGAGCCAAACUGUGAGGGGAAAUGUGUUUGUUCACCAUCUUGGUGUUUUGAAGGCAGACAAAGGGGAAUGGGAGUUUUCAAGGAGCAGGAACUGGGGACUUGCCACACAAUUCAGAUUUAUGACUGGGGGGGCGAGCACCACGGUGAAGCUGGGAAGUCAAGGAAGAAACGACACUGUCGCUCUAGGGGCGGUGGGCACCACUGCGAGCUGAGCCCAGCAGAGUACUUUGGGUUUCCCAGCUGUCACCCUCACCCUUGCAAUGGGUUUGCUGAACUUUGCGAUCCAAAGAUAGGGUCAUGUUUCCGAUGUGGGGGCUUAACAACAUGUGAGAGACACAUGAUAUUUUCCCAGAACAUUUUGGUAAAAGGAAAUUGCCUGACAGGUGCAUGGAUGGUUGCUAUGAAACCCUUGUUAGAACAAUCCUAUUGUCCUUGCCUGUGUCCCCCCAGCAAUCAGCAUUUUGCCCAUCUGUGUCAUCAGAAUCCUUGGAGCUCAGGUAUAAUCUGCGGCUGUCCUCAAGGUUACACAGUUGUGACUUGUGUGAAGAUUGCACCUCCUGGUUUCUAUCGUAACCCACAAGCUUCUGGAGCACCUUGCCAGCCAGGUGUCUGCAACCACAACCCGGACAGAUCGGACCCAAAGCCCCACAACCAGGAGACAGGGCACUGCCUUAGAUGCCCGCACAGUACCCAGGGCCCAAACUGCCAGCUCUGCAAACCAGGUCGCUUUGGAUCCACCCUCAAUCAGAGCUGCAAAACUGGUGCCCCCAGUAUCCCCUCGCUGGAUGGCAGAGCCCUGGCACUGAACUUGUCAGCAGAAACAGAGGCGAUGCCACCACGCUCCGGGGGUGAAUACCGUGGACUGUCCCCCAGUGCUGACCCUGUCACUGAGGCACAUGCUUUUCUGCCAAACGUCACAGACCCGGCCUGUGACCACUGUGAUGAUGGGGACUGGAACCUGGUUCCUGGCAGAGGAUGUGGGCCUUGUGACUGACCUGGGACAUCUCAAAUUAGACACUGUGACCAGCUUACAGGGCAGCGUUCUUGCAAAUUGGGCUACGUGGGAAACACUGAGUGCAAGGAAAGUAAUUGUGUUGAUCCACUCGGGCAAUGCAUGGCAUGUGACUACAAGGGGACCCCAGAAGCCCUUCUGGAAGCGGUGCAAGGGUUAAUGAGCCUGGCUGCUGACAUGGACUGGCCAGCAGACACCAGCUCCUCUCUGAGGACCUCCCUGACCCAUCAGAGAAAAGCUUCGUCUCCUUUCCACCCUGCCUCCUCUCCGCUGCCUCUAAAACAGAUCAUGCAGCAAAGUGAGCAACUGAAAACACUGAAUGUAUUUCAAGAGCUACAAGAAAGCAUACACAGUACAAUUGAGGAAUGAACAGAUCUCUUUUUGGGAAAACAGCUGGAGGAGAUGAAUUUCCAACCCAACGUCCUGAAUGCAAACAUAGAUUGCUCAGAAAAUACCAGAAAGGAUUAUCACAGAUCAUCAUCUGCUGAAAAGAAUGUAAACAAAACUAGUUCCAUCAUAAAUGACUCCAAAAAUGCCAGAAUCGGCUUCCUUACCAUGUUAGAUACACAGACCACAAAAGAAAACUUAUUGGAGAAAUUGAAACUGAUUCAGAGGAAAACAUACCCUCCGGGGGACAGAGAGAAGGUGGUGAAUCAUGAUCUUGCCAUCCACCUACAGAUAACAUCACAAAAUCUAAUCCAUGAACCUGAAGAAAUGCAGAAACAUAUGCAACUGUGUGAGAGCUACAGAGCAGAGAGGAACAGGUUAAAUAACGCAACAGUUGGCCAAAAACUUUUGGUAAAGGCGAAAGUAGCUGAGUUUGGAAAGCAGCAGAUGUUAAACCUUGACAAAACCACAGACAAGUUGCAGCAAGCACCAGUCACUCAAGGACCAGACUCUGUCAUCACCUAGCUGACGGCGAAGAUAACACAAAUGAGAAAGAAUGCGCGCAGGUAUUUACCCAUCUUUGUUGAAACUAACCUGAGCUGGAUCCUGGAGAUGGGGGAACGUACGAUAGCUGUGUGCAGAUCUCCACCGCGCAUCCUGAGAACAUAA